UGUGGCCAAAGCAGCAAAGAUGGCGGACUCGUCGGGGACCGAGCUGUCAGAGGAGAAAGAUGCAGACAUUGAGCACCAGAACAGGCCAAAACGGCCGUGGGAGGAUUUACACAAGUCGGGCAAAAUUGGCCUGACUCCGCCGCUGCCAGAAACGUUGGGGGUUUACGACAUUAGCGCUGUCAGGAGGCGGGAGCAGCAGCGGGAGCUGACAGCAGAUCCGUCGUUGUCACGGUUUAUUUGCACAGAGCUCACCAGAGGAUACUUCCUGGAACACAAUGAGGCGCAGUACACCGAGCGCAGAGAGAGGGUGUACACAUGCAUGCGUAUUCCCAAGGAACUGGAGAAGCUGAUGAUCUUUGGCUUAUUCCUGUGUAUCGACGCCUUCCUGUACCUGUUCACCCUGCUGCCCCUCAGGGUGCUGCUGGCCCUGCUCCGCCUCCUCACCCUGCCGUGCUGUGGCAUCAGGGCACGCACAUGCCCCUACUGCAGAAGAAGCAGUGGGUCACGGUUGCUGCAGCCAGCGCAGGUGUGCGACAUGCUGAAGGGGCUCAUCCUGGUGUUGACCCUCUCCAUGAUGCAUUAUGUCGAUUACUCCAUGAUGUACCACCUCAUCAGGGGACAGUCUGUCAUCAAACUCUACCUCAUCUUCAACAUGUUGGAGGUGGCAGAUCGCCUCUUCUCCUCCUUUGGUCAAGACAUCCUGGACGCCCUCUACUGGACGGCCACCGAACCCAAAGAAAGGAAAAGAGACAGUAUAGGAGUCAUCCCUCAUUUCUUCAUGGCUCUGUUUUAUGUCUUCCUCCAUGCCAUUCUCAUCAUGGUCCAAGCCUCCACGCUCAACGUCGCCUUCAACUCCCACAACAAGUCCUUGCUCACCAUCAUGAUGUCCAACAAUUUUGUGGAGAUCAAAGGAAGCGUGUUUAAGAAAUUCGAAAAGAACAACUUGUUCCAAAUGUCCAACAGUGAUAUCAAAGAGCGGUUCACCAGCUACGUUCUCAUGCUCAUUGUGUGUCUCAGGAAUAUGGAGCAGUUCUCAUGGAACACAGAUCACCUGUGGGUGUUGCUCCACGACGUCUUCAUGGUCGUCACCUCGGAAAUUGUCGUCGACAUCAUUAAACACGCUUUCAUCACAAAGUUCAACGACAUCCCCGCCGACGUGUACAGCGAAUACCGAGCCAGUUUGGCCUUCGAUCUCAUCAGCAGUCGACAGAAAGAUGCUUAUACUGACUACAGUGAUUCAUUUGCCCGGAGGAUGGGUUUCAUCCCUCUGCCUUUGGCCGCUCUGCUUAUCCGAGUGGUGACGAGUUCAGUGAAGGUGCAGGGAGCGCUGUCGUACACGUGUGUGUUCCUCUUUUAUCUCGGGCUGGUGACACUGCAAGUGCUGAACAGCAUCGUGCUGCUGGGGAAAUCCUGUGUUUACAUCAAGAGAGCCAACAUGGAGGACAAACUCUUUGAGGAGCCCGAUGCCACGGCGUCGUCCUCCGCACAGAACCCCGGAGACGCUGAGCAGGCCACGUGUCCCACGCCUCCAGAUGAACCUGACGUGGAACAGGUCCUCACCACGCCCAGCAGUCCUCCAUCGUCCUUUUCCUCCUCCUCCACCUCCUCCACCUCCUCCACCUCUGUGACAACACAGCCAACUCCAAGGACUGACUUGCUUCUUACUCCACCCACUGAUGCUGCUGCUGCCACCGCUGCUGCUGCACCACCACCAGCAGACGUCCCUCCAUCUCCACCACCUGACGCUGAACACCCUGCAGCUUCACUCUGCAAAAAAGAAAAGGACAUGGAGGAGGAGGAGGAGGAGGAGGAGGAGGAAAAAGAGACACAAACAGCCACAGAGCUGAAGCGUAGGACUCCCAAAAAAGACUUGUUAGAGAUUGACCGUUUCACAAUCUGUGGCAACCGCAUUGACUGAGCAGCAGCAGCAGCGGCAGCAGCAGCAGCUGCUCCUGUGCAUUGUGGAAAUUAACCUCUCAGGAAAGACAGACAGACAGACAGACAGCAAAGGCCUCUCAGCCCAGCUCUCCAGGCCAACAGCCGCAGAAAGCCGAGUAUUUAUUGGAGUCAGUGGUGACACAGUAAGUUAUUGUGAGUAAGGACACAGUCUAAGAGGACCCUGCUGAUGUGGAAGCCUGAAGUUUUAUAUAAGAAUACUUCGGCAGGAUUUAACAGCAGGAGUGAAACAGUGUGAGUUGUCAGGAUGAAGUGGCGUGCACGCAUGUGUGUGUGUAUAGGUGUUAGGAUUGUUCAGUGUUUAGAGUGUGAGUGUGUGAUAUAACGUAUGUGUGAGCACACAAGCACUUACCCGGGUUAGCAGCGCUGCGAGCAUGAGGAGAGACAUUUCUCAGUUUGCCCGGCAGCCAGAAAGUAGAAUCAUUUCCAAACUACUGCAUCAAGCUAAUCCUGGGCUUAUUUAUACUUGCAUCAAGUGUCUCCUUUGUCCUCUAUUAAGCUUGAUGAAGUAAGUUUCAGUUUUUGUUUGUUUUAGAUGUUGGCUGUCCAUGUAUCAUCAGCUUGAAUUGGAAGAUAUGGACGCUGUUAGAGUGUGAAAAAUUAUUAGCGUUUUUUUGGACUGCGGUGCUUUAGGGCCGUGCUCCUGUGGCGUCUGUCGUUACUAAGCAACUGAAACCUGGGCGCUGCGGAGACGACCAUCAGUAAAACCAACACAUGAAAACAAAGGCGUGUCUUAUCGAUACAGUGUCUUUGCUGCUCAAUGAGUUUCAAUGAUCACGUCAUUCACCUGUCCCCAUUCACAUGUCCUCAUCAUUCACCUAUCCUCAUCA